AUGGAUGUUCGUUCUAACUCAGGUGACACUGCCGCUGGUGUCAUGCAUGAUCGGGGUAAGCCGCCUGAAUUGCCUAAGGAUUUUUCCAAUAAAUCGUUGAACUUAGAUGGAGCUGAUUACUUGAAUGAGCCUGUGGUUGAGGAGAUGUCUACACCUGGUACAACACCAAUUCGUGGGAUCGGUUUACGUGUAACUAAUAUUGAAGGUAACCCGCUGCUUCCGAGAAGAGGUAUGUAUUCUACGACGAAUACUUCGAUUUUGGACAGUUUAAUGAGUAUUUCAAAACCUGUGGACAACAUGUUCGCUGCUGGAGAGUCGUCGUCGAUGGCUAAUAAGGGUGAUACGGCUGGUAAGGGGGUAGAGUCUAUGCAGGGUUCGGGUUCUAAUCAGAAUGGUGGGGUAAAGGGUGCGAACAUGAUGUCAUAUGCUGAUUCGGUUUUGGCGUCCAAGUCAAGGAAAGUUAACUUUAGAAAUCUAGCCAGCCCAGCUAUGCAUGAGGGAUGUGACGUUGUUCUUCCUCGGGAAUCUGUUCGUGCAGUGCAGCAUAAGUUAGCUAACACUUUAUAUGGAUAUUUCUUGGGAGACCGAGUGGCGUUCCCGGUUGUGGAGUAUUUUGUUCGUAAUAACUGGAAGAAAUUUGGGUUACAAAAAACCAUGAUGAAUGCGAAUGGCUUUUUCUUUUUCCAGUUCUCCAACGAAACUGGUAUGCUGGAUGCGUUGAAAGGAGGCCCGUGGAUCAUCCGGUCUCAACCGUUGUUUCUUUGUGAAUGGAGUCCGACUGUUAAGUUGGAGAAAAAGGAGGUUAAGAAGGUUCAGGUAUGGGUUAAAAUUCAUGACAUUCCAAUUGCGGCGUAUAUAGAAGAUGGGCUGAGUAUGAUUGCCACAACAAUUGGUGAACCGAAACUUCUGGAUUCGUAUACUACUUCCAUGUGUAUGGACAUGUGGGGCCGAAGUAGUUAUGCUAGAGCUUUAAUCGAGGUGUCUGCUGAUAAUGAGUUACGUGAGGAAAUCACUUUGGCCAUUCCUGAACUUGAGGGGGAGGGUUUUGUCAACGAAACUAUGUAUGUUGAAUAUGAAUGGUUCCCGUGUAGGUGUUCUAAAUGUUGUGUUUUUGGCCACUCGAUUGAAACUUGUCCUCAAACCCCUAAAAAACCUGCUAAUGUUAAGAAGCCAGCUAAUGUUAAGAGGGGGGAGCAGAAUGAUAAGGGUCAAGUGCAUGAGAAUCGUUAUGCUAAGAAGUAUCCGGUUGUUGAUGAAGAUGGGUAUCAAGGGGUUCCGACUAGGAAAGUGGCUCGCAAACAGGGAUUCCAAGUUAAUAAGCAAAAACAGAAAUUCGAAUAUAGGCCGGUGACUGCAAAACCGAAUGGGGAGGUGAAAAAGGAUGCUUCAUUGAGUGCUACGGAUGUAAGGUCGAGUAAUCCUUUUGAUGUUCUUAACGAAGUGGAAGAUGUUGCAGGAACUAGUGGCACAAAGCCAGGGGUAAACAAUGAUGAGUCCGAUGAAGAUGAGGUGAUUGAGAAUGAUUUUGAUAUGGACGGGUUUUUAAAGGAGGGUACUCUUAAAAAUAAAAGUAAAGGGGCAAGCACUCCUUCUCCGAUAGUUAAUGAUGAAUCUCAUGUGGAUGUUGGUAAUUUGGGUAAGGUGUGCAAGUCAGUUUUUCGUUCAUGGGAGUGGACUUCUAACGGUGGUUGUUGUGACAAAGGCACGAGAAUUAUUAUUGGAUGGAACCCGGCUGUUUUUGAUGUCAUGAUUUUGUCUCAAUCUCCUCAGGUUAUGCAUCUUCAGCUUGUGUUUAAAUUGGAUAAAAGAAUGAUUUUUUGUUCUUUUAUCUGUGCUGCUAAUUAUUAUGUUGCCCGUAAAGAGCUGUGGCAUAAUCUCUCAGUGCAUAAAGCCCUUGUUAAUGAUAAACCUUGGUGCAUUAUGGGUGAUUUUAACUCGGCUCUCAACAUUGAAGAUAAUUCUAUGGGAACGUCAUCAGUUUCGAUAGGUAUGAGAGAUUUUCAGGAAUGUGUUGAUAAUAUUGAGGUUGUAGAUAUCAACCGUAUGGGGAUCCAUUUUACAUGGACUCAAAAACCAAAGAAUGGGGUAGGGUUAUUAAAGAAGCUUGAUCGAGUGAUGGGUAAUACAGCGUUUAUAGCGGAUUUCCCUAAUUCAGUUGCCAUGUUCAAGCCGUAUAGGUUAUCGGAUCACUGCCCGUGCAUUCUAUCCUUCCCGGAUGCUGGUAUGUUGAAGCCUAGGUCGUUCAAGUUUGCUAAUUUCCUGGUUUUUAAACCUGAGUUUUCAGAUAUUGUUAAAGAUAAAUGGGAGACGUCUGUGAAUGGUGUUCAUCAAUUUAGGGUGCUUCUUAUUGAUCGGGAUCCAACGAAUGCGGAUUUACGAGUUUCUGAGACUUCAAUCAGUCGUCAGCUUCAAGAGGCUUCGUUAGAUGAGGAACGAUUUCUCAAACAAAAGUCAAAAGUUGAUUGGUUGAGUGCGGGGGAUAUGAACUCGGCAUUUUUUCAUUCAUCGCUGAAGGUUAAAAAUCAUGUUAGUCGGAUUGAGGUGAUCAAAGAUUCGGCUGGCAAUCUGUUUGAAGGAGAAAAUGUUUGUCAACCGUUUGUUCAGCAUUAUGAGAAAUUUUUUGGAUCUCAAGGAGAUAUUUCUCUUACUCCGACUCCGGAUUUAUUUUCCAAAGUCCUUGAUCCUCAGGUGGCUACUCAUAUGAUUCGACAAGUUACGGCGGAAGAGGUGAAAAAGGCCAUUUUUUCUAUUGGUAUCGAUAAAGCGCCUGGUCCUGAUGGGUAUACAGCAGCGUUUUUUAAAAGUGCCUGGCCUAUCGUUGGUAAUGAUAUUACUUGUGCUAUUGUUGAUUUUUUUGAAACAGGAAACCUUCUUCGGGAAUUGAAUCACACGAAUAUUGUACUCAUUCCGAAAAUUCCUACUCCGUCAGCUGUUAUUGACUACCGUCCAAUUGCGUGCUGUAAUGUGUUAUACAAAUGUAUCAGUAAAAUUGUGGCAGACAGAAUAAAAGGUGCUCUAAAUGACAUCGUAAGCAUUAAUCAAUCAGCGUUUGUUCCAGGAUGA